CCACACCUGCACGCUUAUCUUCCUUUCUCCCUCUCUCUCUCCCUCUCAAACGCUCCUUCUCUCAGACCCUUUCAGAAGCCCUCUCCUUCCCUCGCCCAUGUCUCCCUCUCUCCUGUCUCUCUCACUCCGGCGAAGGAUCCGCUCACCGGAUUUGGUUGAUUCGCUCCCAGCACGACGGUGGUAUUGCUCCGGCGGGGUUCUGCUCAGAUGACACCGGCGGGAUUUUGUCAGAUUUUUUGUUUUUGUUUUUUUUUUUUUUUUUCAUGUUUCUAUAACAUAUUUGUUUUCCUGGGUUUAAAUUUGUUUGAGCCUUAUUAAAAAUUUAUUUUUGGCCUUAUUAAAAAAAAUUUUGGGCCUUAAUAAAAUUUUUUUUGAGACCUUAAAUUUUGGGGCCCUAAGUUCCUAACGCCGGCCUCACUCGCAUAGCUGUAUGUAUCAUCAAAUUAGAAAGCUCGUUCAGCUUCAUUUUCUCACUAUAUUGAGGUUUGUUUUUUAGGUACACUAUAGUGAGGUUCAUUGUACAUAACAGUGGCGCAGCCUUUGGAAUAAUGAACAGGUUCAAUGCUAUGGCUCAACUCAUUUCUCCUUUUUAAACUACUUUUCUAAUAUUUAAUAUUAAAAAAGUAGUUUCAAAAAUAAAGAGAACGCAUUGUACCUUUUUGACUUUGACCAAAACAAAAGCAGUCAAAAAGAACACCUUCCAAGUUGAGCUUCAGUCUCUUUAGUUGAUUUCGAUCCGUCUUUAACAACCCCCCACCCAGAAAAAAGGGUGAAAAGAAAAACCCACCAUGAAUCCUGCUAAAGAGUUAUUGAAUACGUCGUUGCUUCUCUCCCUACUCGUUUUCCGAUUUUGCAUUUCCCUUGACACCAUUUCCCCGAACCAGCCCCUUAAAGACGGUGACAUCCUGGUUUCCAAAGGAGAAACUUUUGCACUUGGGUUUUUCAGCCCCGGAAACUCUGGCCGCCGCUACGUUGGAAUAUGGUAUCACAAUCACAAAGUUCCUCAACAAACUGUCGUGUGGGUAGCAAACAGAGACAGCCCUCUCAGUGACACCUCCGGAGUCCUCUCCAUCAACGGCCAUGGAAACCUCGUCCUUAAGAGCAAAAACCGAAGCACCCCUAUCUGGUCUACAAACGCUUCAGUCUCAUCCACAAACAAUUCUAUGGCUCAGCUCUUGGAUUCUGGAAAUCUUGUUUUGGUUCUACCAGACAACCAAAGGGUCACGUGGCAGAGCUUCGACUAUCCCACCAAUACUCUGCUUGCAUCCAUGAAACUCGGCCUAGACAGGCGAACAGGGUUGAACCGUUCUCUAACAUCUUGGAAGUCCGAAGAUGACCCGGGAACCGGUACCUGCUCAUAUGGGAUUAACCCAAAUGGGUACCCACAAUUGUUCUUGUACAAGGGUGGAACUCCCUUGUGGCGGGGCGGAUCUUGGACCGGCCGAAGAUGGAGCGGUGCACCCAACACGCUACCUAAUUUAACCAAUCUUAGUUUUGUGGACAAUCAAGAUGAGGUCACUGCCAUGUACGGCGCCACUGAUCCCACAGUUUUCACAAGAGUUGUGUUGGAUGAAUCAGGAACCCUUCACCGGCUCACAUGGAACGGUAAUAAAUGGGUCGAAUUUUGGUCCUUCCCGGGAGAAUGUGAUACGUACAGAGAGUGCGGUCCAAGUAGUAACUGCAAUCCAUAUGAACCCGACAAUUUCCGGUGCACAUGCUUACCCGGACUCGAACCCAACUCAACCCGUGAUUGGAACAUGAGAGUUGGGUCGGGCGGGUGCUCGAGGAAGCAAGGAGCAUCCAUGUGCCGAAACGGUGAAGGGUUUGUGAAGCUGGUACGUGUGAAGGUGCCAGAUACUUCUGUGGCACGUGUGGACAUGAGUUUGAGUUUGAAGGAAUGUGAGCAAGAGUGCUUGAGGAACUGUUCUUGUACGGCAUACAGCAGUGCAGAUGAGACAAGGGGAGGGAUUGGGUGCUUGUCAUGGCACGGGGACUUGGUGGACAUCAGAACAUUUGCCAACGCAGGACAAGAUUUGUAUAUACGUGUGGAUGCAGUUGUACUAGCUCAAUAUGCAAAGAAAAAUGGUGUUAUGCAGAGCAAGAGCAUGGUGGCGAUUCUUGUAGUUUCUAUUGGUCUAAUGUUGCUUCUUGUGGUCUCCAUUGCAUAUUGGUUGGUAAUGAGGAAGAAAAAAGGAAAAAGGCAAAGCAAAUAUGCACCUACUGUUGCCUUGAGUUCAACCUACUUUGAAGAAUCUUCAAGGGAGCUUGAUGAGAGUACAAGAAAUUCAGAUUUACCAUUUUUUGAUCUAAGUAUCAUAGUUGCAGCCACAGAUAAUUUCUCUGUUGCUAACAAGCUUGGAGAAGGAGGUUUUGGCUCAGUUUAUAAGGGUCUCUUAGAUAAUCAGAAAGAAAUUGCAGUAAAAAGACUAUCAAAGUAUUCCGGACAAGGAGUUGAAGAAUUCAAAAAUGAAGUAGCAAUAAUUGCCAAACUCCAACACAGGAACCUAGUGAGGAUUCUUGGUUAUUGCGUUCAAGGAGAAGAGAAGAUGUUAAUCUAUGAGUGCUUGCCAAACAAAAGCUUGGACUUUUUCAUUUUUCAUGAAACAAAAAGGUCCUUGUUAUAUUGGAGAAAACGCUUUGAUAUUAUCUGUGGGGUUGCUCGAGGACUCUUAUAUCUUCAUCAAGACUCAAGAUUAAGAAUUAUCCACAGAGACUUAAAGGCCAGCAAUGUUCUACUUGACAAUGCAAUGAAUCCAAAAAUUGCAGAUUUUGGUAUGGCUAGAAUCGUUGGAGGGGACCAAAUUGAAGCAAAUACAAAUCGCGUCGUUGGAACAUAUGGUUAUAUGUCACCAGAGUAUGCAAUGCAAGGACUAUUUUCUGUGAAAUCUGAUGUAUAUAGCUUUGGAGUUUUGCUGCUAGAGAUCACUACGGGCAAAAAGAACAGUUCUUAUUAUCAUGAUGGUCCCUCCUCAAAUUUGAUUGGCCAUGUUUGGGACUUGUGGAGAGAAGACAAAGCCAUGGAAAUAGUUGAUUCAUCACUGGGUGAGCAAUAUGCUAAUGAAAUUUCGAGAUGUAUUCAAAUUGGGCUUUUGUGUGUACAAGAACAUGCAAUAGAUAGGCCGACCAUGUCAGCAGUUGUUUUGAUGUUGGGCAAUGACACACCUCUUCCUUAUCCAAAACAACCUGCAUUUAUCUUGAAGAGCACUUACACUAGUAGAGAUAGAUCAAUUUGUGAAUUAGCUAAUUCUGUAAAUGAAAUAACAAUUACUAUGAUUGAUGCUCGCCCCACCAUGAAUCUUGCUAAAGAGUUAUUGAAUACGUCGUUGCUUCUCUCCCUACUCGUUUUCCGAUUUUGCAUUUCCCUUGACACCAUUUCCCCGAACCAGCCCCUUAAAGACGGUGACAUCCUGGUUUCCAAAGGAGAAACUUUUGCACUUGGGUUUUUCAGCCCCGGAAACUCUGGCCGCCGCUACGUUGGAAUAUGGUAUCACAAUCACAAAGUUCCUCAACAAACUGUCGUGUGGGUAGCAAACAGAGACAGCCCUCUCAGUGACACCUCCGGAGUCCUCUCCAUCAACGGCCAUGGAAACCUCGUCCUUAAGAGCAAAAACCGAAGCACCCCUAUCUGGUCUACAAACGCUUCAGUCUCAUCCACAAACAAUUCUAUGGCUCAGCUCUUGGAUUCUGGAAAUCUUGUUUUGGUUCUACCAGACAACCAAAGGGUCACGUGGCAGAGCUUCGACUAUCCCACCAAUACUCUGCUUGCAUCCAUGAAACUCGGCCUAGACAGGCGAACAGGGUUGAACCGUUCUCUAACAUCUUGGAAGUCCGAAGAUGACCCGGGAACCGGUACCUGCUCAUAUGGGAUUAACCCAAAUGGGUACCCACAAUUGUUCUUGUACAAGGGUGGAACUCCCUUGUGGCGGGGCGGAUCUUGGACCGGCCGAAGAUGGAGCGGUGCACCCAACACGCUACCUAAUUUAACCAAUCUUAGUUUUGUGGACAAUCAAGAUGAGGUCACUGCCAUGUACGGCGCCACUGAUCCCACAGUUUUCACAAGAGUUGUGUUGGAUGAAUCAGGAACCCUUCACCGGCUCACAUGGAACGGUAAUAAAUGGGUCGAAUUUUGGUCCUUCCCGGGAGAAUGUGAUACGUACAGAGAGUGCGGUCCAAGUAGUAACUGCAAUCCAUAUGAACCCGACAAUUUCCGGUGCACAUGCUUACCCGGACUCGAACCCAACUCAACCCGUGAUUGGAACAUGAGAGUUGGGUCGGGCGGGUGCUCGAGGAAGCAAGGAGCAUCCAUGUGCCGAAACGGUGAAGGGUUUGUGAAGCUGGUACGUGUGAAGGUGCCAGAUACUUCUGUGGCACGUGUGGACAUGAGUUUGAGUUUGAAGGAAUGUGAGCAAGAGUGCUUGAGGAACUGUUCUUGUACGGCAUACAGCAGUGCAGAUGAGACAAGGGGAGGGAUUGGGUGCUUGUCAUGGCACGGGGACUUGGUGGACAUCAGAACAUUUGCCAAUGCAGGACAAGAUUUGUAUAUACGUGUGGACGCAGUUGUACUAGCUCAAUAUGCAAAGAAAAAUGGUCUUAUGCAGAGCAAGAGCAUGGUGGUGAUUCUUGUAGUUUCUAUUGGUCUAAUGUUUCUUCUUGUGGUCUCCAUUGCAUAUUGGUUGGUAAUGAGGAAGACAAAAGGAAAAAGGCAAAACAAAUAUGCACCUACUGUAGCCUCGAGUUCAACCUACUUUGACGAAUCUUCAAGGGAGCUCGAUGAAAGUACAAGAAAUUCAGAUUUACCAUUCUUUGAUCUAAGUAUCAUAGUUGCAGCCACAGAUAAUUUCUCUGUUGCUAACAAGCUUGGAGAAGGAGGUUUUGGCUCAGUUUAUAAGGGUCUCUUAGAUAAUCAAAAAGAUAUUGCAGUAAAAAGACUAUCAAAGUAUUCCGGACAAGGAGUUGAAGAAUUCAAAAAUGAAGUAGCAAUAAUUGCCAAACUCCAACACAGGAACCUAGUGAGGAUUCUUGGUUAUUGCGUUCAAGGAGAAGAGAAGAUGUUAAUCUAUGAGUGCUUGCCAAACAAAAGCCUGGACUUUUUCAUUUUUCAUGAAACAAAAAGGUCCUUGUUAUAUUGGAGAAAACGCUUUGAUAUUAUUUGUGGGGUUGCUCGAGGACUCUUAUAUCUUCAUCAAGACUCAAGAUUAAGAAUUAUCCACAGAAACUUAAAGGCCAGCAAUGUUCUACUUGACGAUGCAAUGAAUCCAAAAAUUGCAGAUUUUGGUGUGGCUAGAAUCGUUGGAGGGGACCAAAUUGAAGCACAUACAAAUCGCGUUGUUGGAACAUAUGGUUAUAUGUCACCAGAGUAUGCAAUGCAAGGACUAUUUUCAGUGAAAUUUGAUGUAUAUAGCUUUGGAGUUUUGCUGUUGGAGAUCAUUACGGGCAAAAAGAACCGUUCUUAUUAUCAUGAUGGUCCCUCCUCAAAUUUGAUUGGCCGUGUUUGGGACUUGUGGAGAGAAGACAAAGCCAUGGAAAUAGUUGAUUCAUCACUGGGUGAGCAAUAUGCUAAUGAAAUUUUGAGAUGUAUUCAAAUUGGGCGUUUGUGUGUACAAGAACAUGCAACAGAUAGGCCGACCAUGUUAGUAGUUGUUUUGAUGUUGGGUAAUGACACACCUCUUCCUUAUCCAAAACAACCUGCAUUUAUCUUGAAGAGCACUUACACUAGUAGAGAUAGAUCAAUUUGUGAAUUAGCUAAUUCUGUAAAUGAAGUAACAAUUACUAUGAUUGAUGCUCGCUAACCACACGCUGUUUGGUUUAGUGCACCAAUAUGUUCUGAUUUUUUUUGUAAUUAUCUGUUCUUUUGUGAUGUUAGGGAUUUAGGAAUUGAUUUCUUUUUCUUCUUUUUUUUGGGAAAAGAUUGAUUCUUUUUUU